AUGUCUGAUCAGGAAGAAAAAACGCAGCCCGAAGAGAACCAGGAAGUUGUAAAGAAAGAAGAGUCGGUUUUGGUUGAAUCGUCAGCCGAUUUGGAAGAUGACGUUGCUAAACUAACGAAGCAUAAACGGACACAUUCAGAGAGUGGUGAUGGUGUGGUUAAGAAGGCAGAAACAAUAAAUACAAAAGGCACAGAUGAGCAAAGCGGUAUUGAAGAAGAUGUCGUUGAUGUGAACGUAGAAGCAGAUGAUUAUGCGGACGAUAAAGAGAAGAAACAGGAGGCAUUUGAAAGGAAGUUUGCGGCCAUUAUGAAAAACCCAAAGAAAAGGAAGAAGAACAAUGAUGUUGAUCUAGAAGCCAUGCAGGAUGAAGCUAUCAGUGAUUUGAAGAAUAUGAUGAAGGAAGCCGCCUAUGAAGACAUUGAAUGUGUGAAUAACAAGAAACCAGCCACUAAUAAGUUGAAGUUAUUACCCAAGGUUAAGCAAACGUUGCUAAAGUCGAACUUAUACGACUCCAUUUUGGAUAACAAUCUGCUUGAAGCAGUGAGAAUAUGGAUGGAGCCACUUCCAGAUGCUUCCUUACCAUCAUAUGAGAUUCAAAAGACUCUUCUGAAGGAGCUCACCAAAUUACCUAUAAAGACGAUACAUCUACGUGAGUCCGGGUUAGGAAAAGUGAUGAUUUUCUAUCAGAAAUCUGCAAAAGUGGAUCCUACAUUAAAGAGGACUGCAGAUAAAUUGAUCAGUAACUGGACUAGGCCUAUUAUGGGUAGAUCGGAUAAUUACAGAGCCAAGACUGUUCCCUCAGCAUCGUUCAACCCUGAGAAAUUCAGAGCCGAGCAAAGACUACACUCCGGUGCCGACACCGUUAAGAAGCUUCAGAAAAAAAGUCUCUAUCAGGAGAGUGCUGAUAGAAGAAAGAGAGCUGCAGCACCGGAAGCCAGAGCAUCUGUGUAUACUAUUGCACCACAGGUUAGCUCAGAGGCUUUCCAUGGCCACCAUAAAUCGAACGUUGCUGCUAUGGGUAUCGGAUCGUCUCUGAGUAGAGACGAAAGAUUCAAGAGAUUGAACCAAAAGUUAACGCACAUGUCGCAGAAGAAGGGUAACAGUAAAAAGGGUGGAGUGAGUAUCGAAGGAAAAGGUGUUAACACUUUCUAA